CAAAGAAGCCCAAAACAAUGAAAAUAUCGCCUCGCGAGUACAAAAAUCUCAUCUUAGCCUCUCUUCGUCUCUUCGCAAUAAUUCCUCUCUCCCCCAUCAACAAUGGCAACUCUAUACUCCCUAUCUCUUCUCACGCCAAAAUCCCUCCUUUCACCUCGCCCACAACUUACUUGUGGCCUCCAACCCUUCUCAGUUAGUCUCAACUUCCGAACUCGCUUUAGCACUCGCUCAGUUUUGACUGUCAAAGCUGGACGAACAGACAGCGACUACUCCUCGAAGAGAAGCAGCAGCAAUGAACCGAGGGAGACGAUAAUGUUACCGGGCUGUGACUACAACCACUGGCUCAUCGUUAUGGAGUUUCCCAAAGACCCAGCUCCCACUAGAGAACAAAUGAUUGAGACUUAUCUCAACACCCUUGCUACUGUUCUUGGCAGCAUGGAAGAGGCAAAGAAGAAUAUGUAUGCUUUCAGCACAACCACUUACACUGGAUUCCAGUGCACUGUAUCUGAAGAAACUUCCGAGAAAUUCAAGGGACUGCCGGGUGUUCUCUGGGUGUUGCCUGACUCAUACAUAGAUGUCAAAAAUAAAGAUUAUGGAGGUGAUAAAUAUAUAAAUGGGGAGAUAAUUCCGUGCACUUAUCCUACUUAUCAGCCAAAGCAACGAAAGGAAUCCAAAUAUGUUAGUAAAAGAUAUGAGAGACGACGAGAUGGCCCUCCACCUGAACAAAGAAGACCAAGACAAGCCGCAGCUCAGUCAGAAUCAACUUCUGGAUGAGUUUGCACCUCCAAGUCACCUUUUACUGUGCUGCUAUGGGUAUCAGUUGUAUAAUACAGACCCUUGUUUUAUGGGAUACGCAUCUGUUCUUGAUUUUUCCUUUUUCAGGGUUAAGUCUAUCUUCUCUAGAGUUUGUAGAAAACAAUUGUGAUACACACGGACUCUUUUAGAUUUAUUAUUAUUUGAGUUAGAUGUCCAGUAGUACUUACGUAUCAGAUUUUGUUGCCUAGUUUAAAUCUAUAUAGCAGUUAUGCUUAGAUGGAA